AUGCAGCGCAUAUCAUCAAGACUUACAAGAACAUCUUCAUUGUCAACACUAUUCACCAAAACAAUAAAACGCAGUUUCAAUGCCCAUUCCUUAAAGAACCCAAAUCUCCAAAAACAGCAAGAACCCACGAUCCCAGGUCAUUUUCUCAAAUGGGGUUCGCUUGGUUUUGUUAGAACAUCAAGGUUUGCGACUGGGUUCACUCCAUUGGAGCCAAAGCCGUUGGAUUCAAUCAUGGAUAUUGAACGGACCAAGACCAAAUCUCCUGAGGAUCUCUCCUCCAUUUGGGACGAUUAUCAUUUGGGAAGAGGACAUAUCGGUGCAUCCAUGAAAGCCAAGCUUUAUCAUUUGUUGGUGCAAAGAGCUGCAGAUUGCAAAUAUUUCGUCAUUCCUUUGUGGAGAGGAAGUGGUUAUACAACAAUGUUUGCUCAAGUGCAGAUGCCACAUAUGAUUUUCACUGGUCUUGAGGACUACAAAUCAAGAGGAACUCAGGCAUCUCCAUACUUCACUGUCAAAUUCUACACUGAAUUUGCAGAAAGCAAAGAUUUGGUGCUUAUCCGAGGAGAUAUUGUUUUCACCAGCAAGCUUACUGACAAAGAGGCAGAAUGGCUCUUAGAGACAGCUCAAUCAUUUUACUUAAACGAUGCGAGGUACAAGCUGGUUGAACAGUUCAACAAGCAAACACAUAAUUUUGAGUUCAAGGAUGUCCUGCGUGCUCUGAACAUGCCCAUUCUGUGA